UGCAACGCUGUGCAGCACUGGACCCCCAGCAGAUUUCUCGUUUCGUUUCACAAAUAAAUUGUCAAUAACUUUGCCAGUCGCUGGAUGCAGGUUGUUGUUUCUUUUUGCCAAUAUUGUUUGUUGUGCAGCCGCGUUCGCGAGUGUGAGUGAGUGUGCCAGUGUGUGCGUGUGUGUGUGUGCGUUCAAGUGCGGGGCCUUGGGUUGCCCCGAAUUGCAAAGAUUGCAAAUAGAAAAGAAAAGAAAAACGGCCAGAGAGAAAGGCCCAAAGGAAAAUUGUGCAAUAGUCGCGAAAAUCGAAGGACUCGCUGCAGGACGACGACGAUGUGAAGCUGCGGGCGGGCGGUGAAUCGGAAUCAACUACGCAAAUCAUGUGCCUGGCGGCGGAGCCACCGCAGAAGCAACCGAACCGGAGCAGCACCUCACCCACAUUCAAUGCCAAGUACAGGCGAAAAUGCCUGCUCCUGCUCACGCUCCUCCUCUUCCACGGCUGCUUCAGCGGACUCCAUCGGGCGGCCGCCUUCAACUGCACCGCCCACGGCGGCCGCUGCCAGAACGACGGCCAGUGCCAGGAGGACGGCCAGUGCCUCUGCGCCGACGGCUGGCAGGGACCGGAGUGCCAGUUCUGUGGCGGAAAAGUGCGCAUGUACCACCCCAUGGGCACGAUACACGACGGAUGGGGCAACUAUUCGGUGAGUGUCAAGUGCAGCUGGCUAAUCGACGCCAGGCAUCCGCACUGGAACCGCCGACACAACACCAAUCCGUCGCGAACCGCCAACAUACGGAUCCACCUGCGAGAGUUCGCCACGGAGUGCGGCUGGGAUCAUCUGUACAUAUACGAUGGCGACAGCGUGGACUCGCCCCUGCUGGCGGUGUUCAGUGGCCUCAUGUAUCGCGGCAACUUCUCCAUUCGUCGAGUGCCACAGGUGAUAGCGACAUCCGGCACGGCGCUGGUGCACUUCUUCAGUGACGAUGCCUACAACAUGUCCGGCUUCAACCUCACCUACAAGAUGAACAGCUGUCCCUCGGAUAGCGAUGAGGUGGAGUGCUCCGGCCAUGGCAAGUGCCGCGAUGGCGACUGCAUCUGUGAUCCCAUGUACAGGGGUGAAGCCUGCAACAUAGCCGCCUGUCCCAACAACUGCUUUGAGUCCAAGAACCAGGGCCAUUGUCGUCUUGACCAGGAACGCUGCUCCUGUUACGAGGGCUUCGCCGGCGACGACUGCAGUCAGAUCAGCGCCCACGGCGCCUGGUCCACUGUCCACCCGAAGCAUUCCCCGGCGCCAGCCGGAAGCGCCUCCCAUGGCGCCACCAUCUGGCGAGACACGUUGCACAUUGUGGGCGGCGAAUCGUACGGACGAGGCAAACUAAUGAGCACCUAUGACUUCAACGGCAACGUAUGGGAGACUGUGCACCCGGAGGAUGGUAGCGAGGUUCCUGACAAGCGAUACGGUGCCUCGACAGUGAUGUACGGCGACAAGAUCUUCAUGUACGGUGGAGUGGUCAAGGGCCACGGCAUCUCCAACGAACUGUGGGCCUUCGACGUCUCGGCGCGAACGUGGGCGAACAUCUCGGUAAGAGCGGAUCCCUCGUGCAACGCCACUGGAGGAACCUCCGCUAUGUGCGGGCCCCUGCAUGUGGUGGGUCACACAGCUACCUUGGUUCCCGGUUACGGGGACAAGAACAACUACCAGUACAUGGUUGUUAUCUUCGGUCACUCUUCCAACUACGGCUACCUCAACACAGUGCAGGAGUUCAACUUUGCGUCUCGCGAGUGGCGCAUCGUGCCCACCACCGGCUAUGUGGUGAAAGGCGGCUACGGACACAGUGCCGCCUACGACUUUCUUACGGAGAAGGUGUACGUCUACGGUGGAAUAGUCUCCGAGAGUGAGUCCAGCCAGGUGCUGAGCUCUAGGUUGUAUGCCUAUGAACCGGCCACGCGGGUUUGGAGUCUGCUGUCUGCGGCGCCAAGUGCGCGUCUACUUCACACGGCGAACUUUGUGAACCAGGGACUAAUGAUGGUCUUCGGUGGCAACACGCACAACGACACCUCGCAGAGCUACGGAGCGAAGUGCUAUAGCCAGGACCUGCUCGUGUACGACGUGUACUGCGACUCGUGGCACUACCAUCCGAUGCCGGGCCACCUGCAGGCGGAUCUGGCCCGCUUCGGCCACAGUUCGGUUGUGUUCGAGGAGUCGCUGUACAUUUACGGUGGCUUCAAUGGCCAGCUGCUAAACGAUAUGCUGCGCUACCAGCCGGGUUACUGCAGCUACUACACCAAACAGGAGAAGUGCACGGCAGCGCGACCUGGAGUGAAGUGCAUUUGGGACGUGCAAAAGAUGCGUUGCAUCGCUAUUACCCAGGUUCAGAGAUCAGCGAUCUACGGACGCGAGCAGUACGACUACGUGGCUUGCCCGUCGAAGAGUCGGCUUACACUCACUUCGGAGUUACUGCACGAUGUACACCGUUGCCAGGAACUGGCCAGCUGUCAAUCGUGCGUGUCCACCGCCUUUGGUUGCACAUACUGCGGAAACGGAGUGUGCAGCAAGGAGCGGUGUCGUGAAACCACCUCAAUGGCUUCGGUCUUCUUCGAGUCGUCCACGCAAAUGGCAGUGUCCACGGCUAGUCCGCCGCUAAAUGCCAAGCAUCUGGACUCCUGCCCCAUCUCCGAGGAGUACCUGGUGUCCUCUGUGUGCGAGCAGCUGCACAACUGUCGCGCCUGCUCUGCCAACCUGGCGUGUCGCUGGGACUCGGAGCACAACCGCUGCAAAAGCUACACUUCCUACGGUGGGUUGGCUCUCAACCGGACGCAGGAUGAGGUGGCCUGCUCGCCGUCCUGCGCUUCAUUGACCAACUGCCAGAACUGCACCGAGGACGAGUGCAUCUGGUGCCAAAACGAACAGCGCUGCGUGGACCGCAAUGCAUACACGGCCAGCUUUCCUUACGGUCAGUGCCGAGAGUGGACCACCUUCACAGCCAAGUGCCGGUCGGCUCCCAUCCAAUCAACGGCUGUGGCCGUGGGCAGCACUACGGCACUGUCAAGUGCUCAAUGUGGCUACUACAACAGUUGCCAGAUGUGCCUGGACGAUCCGGCUUGCGGUUGGUGUGACAAUGGCUCUAACACGGGUCUGGGCAGGUGCGUGGUUGGCGGAGCACUAGCACCCUACGAUGACACGGAGUGUGCCCUAAAGCACUGGUUCUUUACGUCCUGCCCCCGGUGCAAUUGCAACGGGCAUUCUUAUUGUAAUGACCAACAGCAUUGCGAACAGCCGUGCAACAAUCUUACGACAGGAGCGCACUGCGAGAAGUGCCGCACUGGAUACUGGGGAAAUCCCAUCAACGGGGGAAAAUGCCAGCGAUGCGAUUGCAACGGCCAGGGCGUUUACUGUCAUCCGGACACUGGAAAGUGUUUCUGCACCACCAAGGGUAUAGUGGGCGAUCACUGCGAGAAGUGCGACUCCCAAAACCAUUACCACGGGGAUCCGCUUAAGGGUUCCUGCUACUACGAGCUGACCAUCGACUACCAGUUCACGUUUAAUCUUUCCAAGAAGGAGGAUCGCCACUUUACGCAAAUCAACUUCAGGAACUCACCUGGAAAGCCGGAGAUCGAUGCGGAUUUCACCAUUACGUGCAGCGUGCCGGCCAAAAUGGACAUUUCGGUCAAGAGGGCUGGCUCGCCGGACAUGCUCAUCUUGGUGGGCGUUAACUGCUCAACGUUCCGUCAUCGGUUCCCCAAGACGGACUACCAAUUCGGGCACUCGCCCGAUGACAACAGCUCCCUGACCACGUUCUACGUGUUCGUGCACGACUUCCAGCCCCCAAUCUGGAUACAAAUUGCCUUCUCACAGUAUCCCAAGCUCAACCUGCAGCAGUUCUUCAUCACAUUCUCCUCCUGCUUCCUGCUGCUGCUGCUUAUGGCCGCCGUCCUGUGGAAGAUUAAGCAGAAGUACGACAUGUUCCGGCGGCGUCAGCGAUUGUUCGUCGAAAUGGAACAGAUGGCGAGUCGACCGUUUUCCCAGGUACUGGUCGAUAUCGAAAACCGCGAAAGUAUUGAUCUGAGUCUGACGCUGGACGGCAUUGGCCACCUGUCCAAAAAACGCAAAAAGGAAUGCCCUAGUCCCAUCGCUUUGGAGCCUUGCAGUGGCAACCGAGCCGCUGUGCUCUCGCUUCUAGUCCGGCUGCCCACGGGUGGCCUUUCGCAAGCGCCUUCUGGCCAGUCCGCUGGUCUGGCUGUGGCCAGCGCCUUAGUCACGUUGGGCAAUCCGCGUCGUCCGUCGAUCGAUCAGCAUCCCAAGGAGCCAAAGUCGAAGCGCAAGCAGAGCCAGCACCCAGACAGUUGUACAUAAUAACCGUAACACUAUGCUUACCUACAUAAAGAAAUAAUGAUAACGAUAAUGAUAAUAAUUAUGAUAAUAUGUAACUAGAGAAUAGGUACGAGUAUAUAGAAUAUUUGCCCCGACUUUCUUCUACUAACCACACACAAAAGUCAAGCUAGCAAGUUGAUAAUCCGCAGUUAUUAUUACUUUAAUGCAUUAGACUAGUAACGAAACGAAAGGAAAGAAAGAAACAAAGAAAUAAUAAUAAUUUUUAGCAAAAGGACAUAUUUAUAUACGGUUAUAUACAAUUUGAUAUAGUUGAUAGGUCGAGUAGCGUUGCAAUAGUUAUAAAUGUUUAAUUUAUUAUUUAUACCGCGUACGUGCGCUAAGCUCGGUGGCAACAGCAGCUGUAUUCAAAUUAUGAAUGUAUUUUUUUUACUUAACCACAUAGCCUAAGCGUGUUGUUAGAAUUUAUUUAUGCAAAUUUUGUGAGCUGCCCCGGCAGCAGCUGCACCAUAUGCCGCGACAGAAACAGAGUCAAAAACAAAAGACAUUCAAUUGAUCUUAGCAAAAAGUGAUGAACCAAACCAGAGGACAGGCGAUAGAUACAUGUACAAGGAGAAGGAUGAGAUGGAGAAGGAGCGAGGUGACGGAGAAAUGCAAUACUGUGUUCAAUAAUAGAAAUAUUUCUGUUUUUAAUAUCCGUGCAAAUAUUUACAACGCAAGACAUAAGUGGAUCAAGACAUAGACCGACAAAAAAAAGAGCAAAACAAAAUGCAAUUGUAAAUAAUAUACGUAAAUUACUAACGCUAUUUAGAUAGUAGUUAUACAUAUACAAAUACAAAUAGCUCUUGAUAUGAGAACGCGCCCAAAACAAAUCAAACGAUUAUAGUGUACAUGCAAUCUAGAUGAGAGAUCCAACAUUUACCAACAAAAUUCCAAUUAAAUCACAAACUAAUCGUAAGGUUUCCUCUUGGCAGCAGCAAACAAACAAACAAACAAAAAACAACAGAAACAACUCACACAGUUAAUUAACUCUAUAAUUCAAACUAAGACAAGUCUCACCAACUAACUAGAUGCACUCUCUGAUAUACAAAUCCAGAAAUGGAACAACCUCUAGAAUCAAAAGGCACUCGUCGCAAACUUUAACUAUCACCUAGAGAUCUUUAAGAACCACACCUUUUAAAGUACACAAUCUCCAGUCGAGAUGAAGACGAUUCGAUCGCUUUGGGUUAGUAGGCCGACAAUUGUAAAUCAGUUUCAUAUUUUAAACGAUCUAAUAAAGUCCAUUUACGAAAUUUAAUUUCAAUUGUAAAAUGCGUUUAGAGACAUACACCUAAUAUACAUAUAGAGAAAAACUUGCCAAUCCAGUUCCAUGCCCCCCAAAAUUUUUGAAAUAAUCAAAUGCAACAAACCAUUUGGGCACUUGUUUGUUAUCCCAGAACUAAAUGACCCCUGACCCCUGACCACAGACAACAGCAGCAGCAGCAAGAUAUACAUAGAUAAAGAAUCAUAUAUUAGUUUAUUAACCAAUAAAAAGACACUCCAAAUGUAAGCAAA